AAAAUAAAAGAUAUCAAACUAUCACCAGACCGGAAAGGGUUAAGGAAAACUCUUUGGUUGUUGUCUACGUCGAGGAAUGCAAUAAUUGUGAUCAGCUGCUCCGUAAUAGCUUUUUUGUUCGAGAAGUACUCCACUCAACCUUUCAAACUCACUGGAGUUGUUAAAGAUGGUCUGCCUUCUUUCCGCCUGCCUCCAUUCACGACUGAGCUACCCGACGGCAGACACGUGAGCUUCAUAGAGAUGUGUUCUGAUCUCGGAUCUUCCAUAUUCAUAGUGCCUGUUAUAGCGGUACUUGGCAAUGUUGCCAUUGCCAAGGCUUUUGCGAGUGGGCAGUCAGUGGAUGCGACUCAGGAGCUCAUAACAAUAUCGUUGGCAAAUAUUUUCGGCUCAUUUGUCGGAGCGAUGCCUAUUACUGGCUCUUUCUCAAGAAGUGCUGUCAACCAUGCCAGCGGAGUUGCAACACAGUUCGGCAGUAUAUAUACAGGUGUCUUAGUAUUGUUGGCGCUCAGUUUGCUGACACCCUACUUCUAUUUUAUUCCUAAGGCCUCGCUUGCCGCCGUCGUUAUUUGUGCUGUGAUAUUUAUGAUAGAAUAUGAGGUAGUAAAACCAAUGUGGCGCUCUCGUCGUGCAGAUCUCGUCCCCGCUUUUGCAACGUUCGCCUUGUGCCUGGGAGUAGGCGUCGAACUGGGUAUUUUGGCGGGAGUUGCUGUAAACGUCAUCUUACUGUUAUAUCCUAGUGCUAGACCACAGCUAGAAGCUGAAAUUAUUACGAGCUCUUCGGGCUUCAGCUACGUGAUGGUGACUGUGGGAAACAGCCUCUACUUCCCCGGAGUCGAGUACAUCAGGCAGUACAUAGAACGAGCCGCCAAGAAGCAAGGCGGCUGCAGUAUGCCAGUCGUUAUUGAUUGUCGAUAUGUACUGGGCGCGGACUUCACGGCGGCGAAGGGCAUCUGCGCGCUGUCGAGCUCGCUGGCGGCGCGCGGCCAGCCGCUCGUGCUGCUGGCGCCGCGCGCCGCCGUCGCCUCCGUCUUCAGCGGCGCCGGCUCCAACGUCGUGCUCGUGCUCGCCCACACCGACCUCGACUCCACCUUGUACGAUCUCACUGGUCACAUACCUAUGGUGAUAACGAACAAAGAGCACACACCGCCUCCAAACUACAACUCGUUGAAGCAAAACGACGAUGACGUCACAGAAAUAGUGAUAUCAGACGAACAAAAUAAUAUUCCCCUUCUUUAUAAGAACGGAACUGACAGGACAAUCAACAAGGACACGUGA